AUGAAGUCAAAGGCGAAUAUUUCCUUACGCAUUCUCACCCAUAACAUCCGGUAUGCUACCUCGCAGCCGUUUAGAGGGGAAAAGCCAUGGGCGGAGCGACAACAGUUGCUUCUCAAUGAGCUUGUCUACAGUACCCGACACAUUGCCGAAUCUUUCGUAUGUCUACAAGAAGUUCUCCAUGUCCAAUUGAAUGGCAUUCUUGCUGGACUGAACCAAUCCGCGAAAGCAGAAGAUCAGUGGGCUUACAUCGGCGUCGGUCGAGAUGACGGUGAGACGAACGGAGAAUACUCGCCAAUAUUCUAUAAACCAGCGACAUGGCAGCUACACCACUGGGAGACAGUCUGGCUCUCUGAAACACCCGAGAAACCCUCGAAAUCUUGGGAUGCAGCAUCAACCCGCAUUGUAACGAUUGCCGUUUUCAAGCAUCAGGCCACUGGCAAAUUCCUGCUCGUAUUAAACACCCAUCUAGACGACCAAGGUUCCCGGUCCCGAUUCGAGGCGGCCCGUAUUAUCCUUCGCAAGAUCGACGGGUAUCUAGACGGGUCAUACGAGGAGACGAUCUCCGGAGUUGUCCUUGCAGGCGACUUCAACAGUGAAGAGACUCAAGAGGCAUACCAAGUGUUGACGGGAGAGGAUUCGGUCUUAGUAGACAGCCAGAAACUCACGAAGACGGAAGAGCGCUAUGGAAACGAGAUAACUUGGACUGGGUUUGGUUAUGAAGAUGAACCGCAGAAAAGAAUUGACUAUAUCUUGUUAGGGCCUGUUGACAAUAAGUCCUCUGUACCGCAUCCUUGGGAAUCCCUGGGAUAUGCUGUGUUAGCUAGUCGGUUUGACGAUGGAGUCUGGAACUCCGAUCACCGUGCGGUAGUGGUCGAUGCUGUUUUGGCUGAUCUCUAG